AUGUCGGCUAGCUCAUCAAAUUUGAGCUCGGAUCGGAAGGGCAAAUCUCGAGCCUUGCCCGUCGAUUUCGAAACCCCCUCAUCGACCUCGCCCGAGCUUCGCGAAGCACACGACUUGGCGUCUCACUAUCCGCCCGCCAGGGAGAGUGAGAGAUGGACGACGGCUACGAUGUGGAGGGAAAGUAGGAGAAGGGCAAAGGCAGAUAGACGGGGAUGGGAUCAUGUCUUGAGUAGUGGAGUAGCUGGAGGAGUUGCUGGAUGUGUAGCCAAAACAGCUAUAGCUCCCUUGGAUCGGAUAAAGAUCCUCUUUCAGACGUCUAAUGCCGAGUUCAGGCAAUUCGCAGGUAACCCUCGAGGCCUCGUAUCAGCCAUGUCUCAUAUCUACCGUACAGCCGGUGUUCGCGGUCUCUUCCAGGGCCACUCAGCGACCUUACUGCGGAUAUUCCCAUAUGCAGGAAUCAAAUUUAUGGCUUAUGACUGGUUAGAAUCGAUCCUCAUCCCCACACCGGAUCAUCGAACGCCCCAGCGCUACUUCCUAGCCGGCGCUGCAUCCGGCGUCACCUCCGUCUUCUUCACCUACCCCCUCGAGCUGCUUCGCGUCCGACUAGCAUACCAGACGCAAGAAGGAGAACGGACAACGCUCAGGCAGGCGGUGAGGUUGAUAUAUCGCGAAGCGGCUGUCGCGACGCCCUCAGCUACCUCUACUUCCACCGUCGCAUCCACAUCCGCAACUGCAGGAGCAGCAGCAGCAGCUACCGCCCCACCCUCCGCCGUCUCCCCCUUUAUCCGCUCCCUCCCCUUCUACCCCUUCUACCGCGGCUUCUCCAUAACUAUCCUCGGCAUGAUCCCAUACGCUGGCGUCUCUUUCCUCACAUACGGCACCCUCAAGCGCUAUCUCCCCAUCUACCUCCCGAACUUUGCCGAGCGGAAAACGACGGCCGAUCUGGCUUGCGGAGCGAUAGCGGGGGCGGUGAGCCAGACGGCGUCGUAUCCGUUCGAGGUGGUCAGGAGGCGGAUGCAGGUGGGUGGGGCAAGAGGGGGAGGGGGAGUCAAUUGGAGGCAGGCGGUCAGGGGGGUGUAUACGGAACGAGGGGGACGGGGGUUCUGGGUGGGAUUGAGUAUUGGGUAUUUGAAGGUGGUGCCUAUGACUAGUAUAUCAUUCGCUACUUGGCAGCUGAUGAAGCGGGCCUUAGAAAUAUAG